GGGCGCGGGGGCCCCGCUCACGCCGCACAAGAAGAUGAAGAAGCGCAAAGAGCUGAACGCGCUGAUCGGCCUGGCCGGGGAGAGCCGGAGGAAGAAGCCCAAGCGGGGCUCCGGCCACCGCCUGCUGCGCACCGAGCCGCCCGACUCCGACUCCGAGUCCAGCUCCGAGGAGGAGGAAGGGUUCGGGGUCGUCGGGAGCCGCCCCGGCUUCGCCAAGGGAGACUACGUCCGCUGCUGCAAGAUCUGUUAUCCCCUCUGUGCUUUUGUCAUCCUUGCUGCCUGUGUUGUGGCCUGCGUUGGCUUGGUGUGGAUGCAAGUGGCUCUCAAGGAGGAUCUGGAUGCUCUCAAGGAAAAAUUUAGAACAAUGGAAUCUAAUCAAAAGAGCUCAUUCCAAGAAAUUCCCAAGCUUAAUGAAGAAUUAAUCAGCAAACAAAAACAACUUGAGAAGAUUGAGUCUGGAGAAUUGGGCUUGAAUAAAGUCUGGAUAAACAUCACAGAAAUGAAUAAGCAGGUCUCUCUGUUAACUUCUUUGGUAAACCACCUCAAAGCCAAUGUUAAAUCAGCUUCAGACUUAAUUAACCUGCCCGCCACCGUGGAGGGACUUCAGAAGAGUGUAGCCUCCAUUGGCAGUACUUUAAAUAGUGUCCAUCUUGCUGUGGAGACAAUACAGAAAACUGUGGAUGAACACAAGAAAACCAUCGAGUUGUUGCGGAGUGAUAUGGAUAUCCUGUACCUUCACCACUCUUUAGAGGAGGUAAACAGUACCCUAGUGGGACAUCAGAGACAGAAUGAUCUUAAACUCAAGGGGAAGAAUGAGACGGUCAGUAAUCUUACCAAGAGAGUCAGCUUGAUCGAAAAGGAUCUGGUUGCUAAGAGCAAGGUAGAAAAGCAAGCAAACCUGUCCGUCAGCCUGAAAGAAGAUAUUUCGGACUCUCAGGUGUCCAAGCUCAGAGAAAAGCUGCAGUUGAUCAGUGCUCUCACAAACAAACCUGAGAGCAACAGGCCUCCAGAGACCAUCAGUGCAGGUCAAGAGCAGAGUUCCACAUCAAAGCCAUCAACAUUGCCAAAAUUUUCACAGUCUCUUGGAGACCAAAUUGAAAAUACUGCACAACUAAGACUCGUUUCCCUACCAGGAAUUUCUAACAUCCAAGAUCUUCAAGAUUUAUUCCACAAGACUGGUCAGGACGUGAAUGGGAAGCUGACCUACCAGGAAAUCUCGAACUCUUUAGGUUCUGCUGUGCCAGAGCCCGAGAGCUUCAGAGUGUUUGAUUCCAAUGGAGAUGGAAGAUAUUCACUCCCAGAGCUAAGAGCAGCAUUAGGUGUCUAGCUCCAGCAAGCAUAUUUUAGAAAUGGAUCUGUAUCCUGGACUGCCUAAUGUCUACGCUUCUAACAAACACGACCCUGUGACUCGCCCAGCAAUCAUCUAACCCUCCAGACUACUGUAGCAGACACAUUACCACCUUUUAACCUGUUUGGAAAAGCGAUAUAAAAGUUAUUUUUUUAAAGAAAGAUCACUUAAGAUAUUUAGAAAUCUAUGAUUUUUUUGAAAUCAGUAAGAUCUUAAUUUUAAAAUUAACCAGAAGAAAGUCAAGCCCCUUUUUUGCUUUUUCCUUUUCAUUUUAUUUUUUUGAGGGAAGGAGACUAUCUUUUAAAAAUGAAAAAUGUAUAUAUAGAGAAUAAGCCACCUUUUAUAUUUCACAUAAAUUUGCCUUAAAUUAGCUGCACUUUGUACAGACUCAGAAAAUGUCUUUCUUUAAAAGAUAGACCCUUGGUGUUUGUAAAUAUUUAAAAUGAAAGAUUGUGCAUAUUUUCUGGGAAGUUUGAAGCAGGAUGUGAAUACAUGACUUAUUUAAAAAGAAGACUAAUCUGACCUGGGAGCAGCUGAAGCUCUGUCCACAUCACCUUUAGGGCAGCCACAGGGCAGUUUAGCCUGGUGGCAGGGAGCAGGUCUAGGGAGUGGACUUGGGCUACAGUGCUACCUUCAGGCUCAGGAAAGGAAGAUUCUGACUCCUGUUCCUCUCGCCCAGCCCCAACCCGCGAACCAGAGAAGUCUGGUUGAAAGUUUUUCUCAUUUUCACUUCUAUUUCAGGAUUUAUGAGCACAGAAUAUUCUGUGGAAAGCUACAUUUGCUACUCGAGUUCAGGCAGAUCCGCUUCCCCAUCUCCCCCCUCACGUCGGUCUUAAAGCUGGAGAGAAUAGGGCCCGUGGCACCUGGCAGGAGCAAAGAGAGCUCUGCCCAGGGCUGCGGGUGCACGGCGGCCAGUCUCCGGGUGGGAAAGGCCUCUCGUCCCCUGGACCCCCGCUUCUGCUCUCUGGGCCCUUCCUCGUGUUGCCUGUUUAGGAGAAAGGAUUGUUUCAUGGGAGAGUGCAGCCACCUUCCAGCUGUGCUAGAUCCAAAAAUGUUAGCUUCUAGCCUGUUGGCUUUAAUGGUCGGAAGUAGCCAUCAGGAUUGUUUCUUUUGCCAAGAUGGCACAGAGAAGUAAUUCCUCAAAA